AACGUUACAAACUGAAAAAAAAAACAUAUAAAAUACUAAAUCAUUAUACUUACAAUAUAAUACAAAUGAUAAAUAAUACUGUCCACGUGUUUCAUAAAAUAAGUAGUGUGUUUGGGGUUUUAGGUUUAGUUUAGCAUUGGACAGUCUGAACACGGAUAUUUAUGGUCAAAAUAUAGAAACUCUGACUUUGUGAAUAUGGUGUUUUGCCCAAGAGACACAAUAAUAGUCUGUCUUUUCAAACACAAGGCCAUGUUUUCUAUGAUAAGGAACCUAAAGCAUUGUAUCAGAUUCAGUUUCAUAUCCAAUCAUUUUUUUAACCAAUUAAGCCAAUUAAAUGAAUAAUUUUUACUAUUUUGGCUCUGAUGCAGCCUGUAAUCUGUAAAAUAACCCAUAAGCAUGAUCAGGUAGAUCAAGUGGGGCUCAGUAAGAGAAAGAAUGGGUGUUGGCUGGAAAUAAGAAAGACGUGAAAUAACAUUUCAGAUAACAGAAUUAUUACAACAAUCAAACAUAUUUCACCAAGGUGCAAUUUACGCAACAGAAGAGACAAACCAGAUAAAACACAACCGACUGAAUUGAUAUCUUAUUGGUAUCUUAUCUUUCGAUCAGUGCGAUGCUCUGUUAUUGCAUUUGGGCCAAAUAAACGCAGAUAAUAACAGUCACGUAUAUGUUCCCUAGAUUAAAAAAAAAAAAAAAAAACACCGUUUCCCAGGGUGCUUUGCGACGAGAACAACAAAGAUGGCGAUUCGGCUCGGGGCUACUGGACGUGAGAAGAAUCGUGAAGCGUACAACAGAUGAACUAAAGAAGCGACCGACCGCACAGCACUGCAGAUAAAUCACCACUGCGGCUCAUCUACAGCUCUGAUAUCUGUCCGCGUCGAAAGAUAAACAGACGCCAUGCCUUCUCCCAAAGCUAAAAACCCCGGUCGCAGCGGAGGAAGCCCGGUGUUCGGCAGCUCCAACGGCCGCUACGACUUCAUGUCACUGACGAAGCCGCUGAACCGGUCUCCCCCGCCGCACCUGCUCCAGCGGCAGGGCUCCGACCCCACCACCGCCCGCCUCCGAGCCUCGGAGAGCCCCACUCGGCGCCGGGGCUCCAGCUCGUCCACGGGCUCGGCGAGCGGCCAGGGGCUGUCAGAGGAGGACGGUAUACGGCUCAACCCGUCGUUCGUCCGCGUAGCGCUCAGCUCCCUCCUCGCCAUCGACCUGUGGCUGUCCAAGCGGCUCGGGGUGUGCGCCUGCGAGGACUCGUCCUGGGGCAGCGUGCGCCCCCUGAUGAAGCUGAUAGAGAUAUCGGGACAUGGCAUCCCCUGGCUGGCCGGGACCGCCUACUGUCUGUACAAGAGUGACAGUGCCGCAGGACAAGAAGUGAUGCUCAACCUUCUCAUGGGCCUGCUGUUGGACCUGGUCCUGGUUACCAUUGUUAAGGCAGUGGUGCGACGGCGUCGGCCUGCGCACAACCGUAUGGACAUGUUUGCCACCUUUUCUGUGGACCGCUACUCCUUCCCUUCAGGCCACGCCACCCGCGCCGCCAUGUGUGGGCGGUUCCUGCUGGCUCACCUCGUGCUGGCUGCCCCGCUGAGGGUCCUCGUCCUGCUGUGGGCCGGCCUGGUGGGGCUAAGCCGAGUGCUGCUGGGCAGACACAACGUGACUGACGUAAUGUUCGGGUUCUGGAUGGGCUACUGCCAAUAUAACCUGGUGGAGAUGCUGUGGCUCUCACCUCAAACCCUGCAAGGGCUGCUGGGACAGUUAGUUUAACAUGACAGACUGAAAAGGGAGAGGAGACACGGUGGUUUAAGUCUUGACUGUAAGAGCAUCUGCACACCUUUUGUCCUCUAGAGUGAUAUAUAAGAGAAAAUGCCUUCUGACUAGAGAAGAGAGCUCAAACAGAGUUUUGUUCUGCUGUUAUCUGACAUUCAAAAGCCCUCAUCAGCCCUCGCUUUAGGAUAACAGUGACCCCACCAAAAAAAGUGCAGGAUUUUUAAUGAGAACAUAAUGUUCCAGAUUAUCUCCUGAAGCCAUUUCACUCCCUGCACUGUCCUGAAUCAUAAGAAGUCAACUCCCUUUUAAGUCUUAACAGGUGUUUUCGACCCAAAUUAUUUACACCACUACUAACUACUUUUGCUGACAAGGGAGUAUAUUUUGCUAUUCUUGGGGCGACUGUAACCUUAGAUUUUCUACUAACAAACCCUGAUGAAAUUCUUAGUUUAGGCUGUAAAAGUGUUGAAUAGCACUGCAGUAUUCAAUAUGAAAUGACUCUUUUAAUGAUGAGAGUGUGUUUUAACUUAAACAGGAAAAAGGAUAUUUAAUUGAUCGGUAGGUGUAAGGAAAGAAAUGUUGUUUCCAACACAAUUUAUCCAAAGUCAGAAGACGUUUGCAGAAUCCUCUUCUCUAGGCACCGACACUUUCAAAUAGUGUAAUGAGGCCUAAGACUGUCAUACUGUACAAUACUUCUAUCACAUUUGUAAGGAAGGAGGAAGGAAAGCUGCAUAUUGAACUGGCUUGAGUCUUAGCCAGUAGCUGAGUGGUAGAUACUGUAUCUUUACAUUUUGAAGUAACAAUAGCUGUUUGGUUCCACUGAUGGUAAAGGAGUCACAGAUUCACUGUUUCAUUGAUUUAAAACACAGUACAUGGACAGGUCUGUACAGUCACUUUACAAACACUUUAUUCAAAAGGGCAAAAAGAGGAAUCAUAGUCUCAGACAACAGCACCUCUAUAAUCUGACCAAACUGUUUUUGUUUACAUGAUCGAAUAUUAUCAGCCGUGGUUUCAUUGACCGGUUCAUGGCCUAUUGUCUGGCAACAGAAUCAGAUCAGCGACAGUUAAGAAUUUAUUACCUAUUGAAUGAUUCACACAACUGUUGUAAAAUUUCUUUUCCAUCUCUUAUGUUGUAUAAAACUGAGCCCUUCUAGGCAAGACAUGGGAAAUUUAAAACUAAUUGCAGCUCAUUUUUCAUUUAAUAUCUUGCUCUGAUUUAAUAGAACUCACGCUAUUCCCAUUUUUGAAGAGUUUGCGGGCAGCUUGCCACUUAUUGACAAAUGAUCUAUAAAGUCUGGAACAGGGCGUGGCUGAGCUCCACUGCAGCUCAGAGGAUGGACGCAUGUUUAAACACCUGAAAUGUAUUCAGGUGCACGACAACUUCAUACUUGCUCACUGGCUGUGGCUGAUGACAAGUUACCGUCAUGACCCCAUACACUAAAUCUUGACAUUUAGAUUAACAUUAACUUCAUUUUGAUAGCAAAAUCAGGAUGCACCCGAUUUUAAAAAAAGAAAAAGAAAAACAUCAUUUUCUCUCAUCUGCAGUCGUGCUCAUAAGUUACAGCUUACUAGAAUUCUGCACUGUGAAAAUAUUCCUAAAGACACCGGCAUUGUACUGUUUUAAACGUUUUUGUCCAACUAUGUUUGCAAGCUCUAAAAUAAUACUCCAACCCAGAUGAGAGUUAGGAUGCUGUGUAAAGUGUAUAUAAAACCAGAAUGCAAUCAUUUGUUUUACAACUUUAUCAAGUGUUCUUGAGCUCAUAGAGUAAUAUCCGUGUUUUAUAACAUUCCAUAACUUUCCCAGUCUUUUGUUGCUGGCAUCAAAUUCAGAAUAAGCAUAUAUUUCCAAAAAUCAGUGAAGUUGACGAGGUAAAAAUGUUGAGGGUGAGCAAAUAAUCGCAUUCUGUUUUACACAGCGUCCCAACUUUUUUGCAGUCUGGUUUCUAGUCUCACAAAGAUGUGCUAGGUUUAUUCAUUAAUAAACAGUUCAAAAAUAUUGCACCAGAAUAAGUUACUACGGACGUCAUUUCCCAUUUUCACCAUGGCAACAUGCAGUUUUAUACUGGCACCAAGUCGGGGUGAGUGCAGGCGUGCAUUUAUGUUCAGUGCUCUGCCACGGUUCAUGGAUCACUGAUCUCUGAUCACUCAGUAUGAAGGCAAAGUUUUGUAACUAACUACCUGCCGCACACUUUCAUGUCUCAACUUGGCUUUUUUUUGAAAAUGUGUGAUAAUAUAAAGACAGUCCUAGUCUAACAACUCUAAUGUGAUCAAGUGGCACUUUUUUUCUAUAUCACAUAAUGGUAGGAAAACACACUCUUGACUUUAGUUUUGUUUUCAUGGUGUUUUUAAAUUCACACUAAUUCUGAUUUACAGAUUCACAAAGGCAAUAAUCUGUAAAAGGAUCGACAGCAACAUGUCCAUUUGGUGACAAUCUUAACAUUAAGCGUGGCCUUGUUUGUUUGGGUAGUACAUUGGAACAUAUGUCUCGGGGUCAAUUUAGGCGAACGCACUUUUUCUCAGAAGCAGCAUGGUUGAUUGUUAAUCUGACUCUACGCACUGGCCCUGAUUGGGGUUGUGCCAAGCUGAGAUCCUACAUUAAUAUUGAACUUUAAAUGACGUCAGUGGUCUAGAUUCGUACGUAAAUCAAUCAGGGACACAGCGUGUGAAAAGUUCUGGUUACCUGAUUUAUGCCCUUACACGUGUUGGCUGCCACACGCCUGUGCCAAAUCUGAAGAGCAAAUGUCACUUUUUGGGGGUGGGUGAUGCAUCAUUUGGCAAUAAUUGUGUUUAUUUUCCACAAAUCUUGAAAUCAGAGGAUCAUUAGCCUGCAUUCACAUCAUUAGCCUUUUUUCAGCUCAAGCUAAGUAGAAGCUGACAGGCAUUUUCCUUUCUUUAGAUUUUGUAAAACAGAAACAUGUUAAAUUGAAAGGUAAAGGAAGUGUUGUGCAUGUGUUUUUGUACUGAACCCAGUCAAUAACUACUUCUACACAGGGACACAUACACACAAGUUGGCACUGCCAGAUGAAAAACAGAGCUUGUUAAUCUACAGGUGCAUCUAAAAAAAAUUCUGUCUUUUGGUCUGUUUUAAUUUGUCAGGUAAUUAGGAUUAUAAUCAGAUAUGUGGGUAUAUGAUUUAUGUGUAAACUUGUAACAGCUACAGAACCUUUUUUUUUUCUUUUUUUUUUUUUUGACAGAAAGAAUGUUUAGUUUAUGUGUCUUUGGGAUUUUUACUGACUGUGAGCCACUGGAUUUGGCCCAUGCCACUUGGUCCAAAGCAGGUCCAAUAUAUCUGGUAUGAACCAGUAUCGUUUAACAGACUGGUCCCUGGUACACUGUGCACCAUUAUAGACUCUUUCAUGCUGUGCACUGAUCAUUCCGGUGUGAGCAAUAAGACGACCCGUGAGCGAGGUGGUAGCUUCCAUCUUUUUUUAAUUGCAUUACCCUUCUGUCGCAAAUCUAAAUAUGCUGGACUGUGAACUCUGUGACCAAAUGAUUUUUAUGAUUCGAUUUUUGUGUUUUACUUGUUGCAAUUGAGAUCAUGCAGAAGCCUAAGAUUCAGAUGUUCUUCACAAUGAUACGAAACAGAUUUUGCACAUUCCACUUGGUCACCUGUUUACUUCCAGGUUGAGAAACGCCACCAUAUAGAAAGAUGCUUUUUUUGUUCAGUUCUCAGAGGUUGUCCGCAAAUGUCACGUGUUCUUGCACAUUGUCAAACAUGAAGCCAGCUCCAACAUAUGUCACUGCACUGAGUUUUUUGCCUGCUGAAUACUAUAAAUUAUAUUGUGUGUUUCCUGUAUAGACAUUAUUCUCAAUGUAUAUACAUAUGCCUGUAUAGUCAUGUGAUAACACUGUGUCAUGUUCAGUGGAUUUGAAUGUGUUGUUCCAUCUGAAUGAUUUGAUUGUAAUGAUUUUUAAAUAAAUGGGGUUCAAAUCUGA